AUGAGGUAUGAGGCUAUAGUGACCAUAAUCUUCUUCUUGAUUAGCAAUUUCUUUACACUGAAGCCAUUCAAAAUCAAUUUCAACAAUUUCAGCAUCUAUUUAAACCUUCACACCGUUCCAAUUCUCUGCAUCAUCGUGCUAUUGGCUAGCAGGUGCAUCGGUGGAGAGCAGUUGAAAUACGGUUUCGUAGGCGAUGAGACUCAUCUAAGGCCGUAUGAUAUUCUCCUACUGUUCUUGUCACUGGCUUAUAUUGCGUUAUCGCUCGAUGCAACGGGAUUACUCCAGUAUCUUGCAUUUUGGGUAUCAAAUAAAGGCAAAAACUCUGGAUACGCUUUAUAUGCUUACUUUUAUUGCUUCUUUAUCUUUCUAGCCACGUUCGUCGGGAAUGAUCCAGUUAUAUUAAGUGGAACGGCAUUUCUGGCUUACUUUACUAGAGUUACUGGACUCCAUCCACCAAUCGCGUUUCUGUUCUCUCAGUUCACAGCGGCGAACUUAGCAUCGGCAGUACUCCCACCUUCGAAUCCAACCAAUUUAGUUUUAACGUCUACAACUUCUACUAGCUUCCUCACUUACGCGCUUUAUCUCAUUUUACCAGUCUUCUUCUCUGCAAUAGCAUUGCUAGGAGUUUUGUUCAUUCAAUUCUCACCAUACAACAAAUUACUCAGUCGUGAUGAUAACGAAGUGUAUAUCCCUUCUCGCUUGAGCGCACCUGAGGUCAAUCCUCGCAGUGUCUUGAUUGAUAGAACUGGGGCAAUCUUUAGCAGCGUGAUAUUAACAGCAACACUGGUUUCAUUGGUCAUUUGCAGCGUUUUGAUUGAAGGUAUGCAUGUUUGUUGGAUUACAAUACCCGCUGCAUUCGUUGUCUUUGUUAGAGACCUGGUACAUGACUGGCGCCAUCAUGCCAAAUUCAAGAGCAAGGUGGAGAAGAGGAUUGGGUGGCUGCGAACUGUCAACCUGUCAUUUCCUACCGUGUUGACAGUUGGUAGCCGUCUGCCAUUCGCCCUUAUACCAUUUGCCAUCACACAAUUCAUUCUCGUCAACUCAUUGCAAGCAGUUGGCUGGAUAGACAUCUUUGCCAGUUGGGCACAGAAAGCAAUAGGUGAUGAUACUUUACGGGCAGUGUGGGUAUUGGGUUUGAUAGAGAUAGUGCUGUGCAAUGGCAGCACUAACAUCGGUGCAACUGUGCUUAUGUCCCAAGUUCUCGUUCAGUCGAGCAGGAAUCCAAAAACAGUACGUGCAGGGAUGCUCGGUAUAGCUUUCGGAAGCAAUAUUGGUGCAUACUCAUUCACGCUCUCGGCUAGCUUAGCGGGGCUACUAUGGGAUAAGAUACUGAAAUCAAAAGGAAUCAGGAUAGCGCGUCUGCAGUUUUUGUGGAUGAACAUAUUUCCACUGAUAAUAACAGCUUUGGUAGGAUUCUUUGUUAUUUAUGCAGAGGUUAUGGUUAUGAGCUGA